UAUCACUUACUUAUUUUCUCUCUUCACAAUUACAGCAAUCCUUCAGUGCUUACUAUAAAUUUUGAGAUCUGAGAUUAAUUAGCAAUUAUGGAUUGCAAGUGUUAUUUUAAUUUUUUAAUUUUAAUUAUUACAUUUUCUUCACUUGUGCUUGUUGGGUUUUCUCAUGCUCAAAACAGUGAGGAAAUAUCAAGAUUAUAUGGAAGAGGGAUUUACAGAGGCAUUAAUGUGUAUUCUGAAGAAGGUGAAACAAAGAAAAAACAAGAUACGGCAUGUGUGACCAAAUUAUUGCCUUGCGAGAAGUACCUGAGCGACCCAACGGGGGUUCCCGGAACUUGCUGCCAGCCGCUGAAAAAUUUGGUGAUAAAUGAGGCAGAGUGCCUUUGUGGUGUGAUCACUAAUCCUGGGAUCAUGAAGACUUUCAAUUUUACUGAGGAGCAGGCUGUCAAUCUUGCCGUUACUUGUGGUGCAAAGCCUAAUCUUGCUCUUUGCAAGAAUGCAACUUCACCAAUCAGUGCUCCAUCACCAUCACCUCCAUCGCCUCCAUCACCUCCAUCAAAUUCUGCUAAUAAUGGCACUUCCAAAACGGCACAUCCUCCAAGCGAGUCAGAGAAGACGACCGGUGCGGCCCAAAUCCAGAAAUCCAGUGGUUUUAUUGCUCUCUUUGUAGCUUUCCUUUCCUUGGCAUUAUCAGCCUAGAUUUUUCAUUUUCAGUGUAGAAGAAGACUGCUUCCAAUAAAUUAGUUUUUACUUUCAGACAUUUCAGCUUUA